AUGGAUCGUACUUACAACGCCCUUCCUAAACUUCCUAAUCAGCGAAGCAUCCGUCUGAUCAAGCUUCACGGCGCUGCAAACAGAGAUGACGAGAUAUACAUCGAUUUGGCAACAGUCUCUCUGGAAAACCCACCAUCUUAUGAAGUUCUUUCAUACACAUGGGGUGAUCAAAUACCAGACCAAGUCGUAUACACUGGCGGAGGGAAACUUUAUAUUACUAAAAACGUCCAAGCUGUCAUGAAAGAGCUCCGCCUCAAACCGGGGAAAUCGCGAUACCUGUGGAUUGACGCAAUUUGCAUCAACCAAGACGAUAUAGCUGAAAAGAAUUCACAGGUGGCCAUGAUGGCUGAGAUAUACAAGAAGGCAACACGAGUUAAUAUCUGGCUUGGUGAAAGUAAUCAGUUAAGCCGUUCUAUAUUUAUGUCGUCCCGGUUAUUUACCUUGCCUCUUGCGCCAGUUCUUUGGAUCGAGCGUAAAAUUCUCUAUCUUGAUUCCCCGACCGAUUCACGCUCGAGAAAGACAUCUUUCGUUUGCGACAUGGUUCAUACCUGUUUUUUUAGUGCUUCUAUUUGGACUUGA